AUGGACACGUCCGCGACGUCUCUAUUUGACUCAUACGAAGGCGAUUUCAAGGCAUUCAUCGAAACUAUCCGACAGAAGCUCGAUGGGGAGGGGAGUGAGGAAAGCGGCGAGCAGCGCAAGGCUUCAUUGAGGCGAGCGGAAAUGGAGCUGGAUGAGGCUGACGAGAUGGUCUCCCAAAUGGAAAUCGAGAUCCAAGGGAUUCCCCAGUCAAUACGACCACAGUAUCAGACCCGACUGCGGACCGCCAAAGCGGACUUGUCGCGCUACAAGAAGCAAUACAAGGACGUUCAUGCCCAACUUGCUCGCAGUGCUUUGCUCUCUUCGUCGUCCAACCACACCAACUUCACCUCUGACGAGCCGUAUGGCGCAGCAAGUGAUCGGACCAGGCUUCUUGCCGGCACAGCUGUACUUGAAGACGGCUCAAAGCGGCUGCAAGACUCGCACCGAAUUGCCCUUGAGACGGAGAAUCAAGGCGCCGACAUUCUGAUGAACCUUCGCCAACAACGAGAGCAAAUCAUCAACUCUCGCGAUACGCUUCAAACGGCCAACACCUCCAUUGAACGAGCGUCAGGCACUCUGAAGGGCAUGAUAAGAAGGAUGUACCAACAGCGCAUUGUGACUGGGGCCAUCAUCCUUGUUCUCAUUCUCCUUAUUGGCAUCAUCCUCUACGAGAAGUUGGCCUGA